GUUUAAUUUUGAAAUUAUAUUUUUGUUUAAUUUCUAUAUGUUUCUAAUUCAUUCUUGCAAGAAUAUGUCUCUGGAACUGGGCUGCCAACAGGAUGAAUGUCCAUCCUCCAGAUAAUACAUGAAUAACUACAGAGCAGUGGUACAAUGAUACAAGACAAAAGUGAAAGACUCAAAUAAAAAAUUGUGCCAGUGCCACUUUCUCCACCACAAAUCCCACAUGUACUGACCAGGAUGUGAACCCAGGUCUCCAUGGUUUUGCUGAACAAGAAUGGCUCGUCAGAUUGCUCAUGUCUUAGAGGAUAAACCUCGAACACAAGACGUGUUUAUCAAUGAAGAUAUUGACUUCACUGGAAUGCUGUUGUCAGAGUUGACUUUAAAAGGUCUUUAUAAAAGCGGAUUUAGAAAGCCAUCACCUAUACAACUGAAAGCUGUUCCACUUGGAAGAUGUGGUUUUGACUUAAUUGUGCAGGCCAAAUCUGGAACAGGAAAGACGUGUGUCUUCACGAUUGUAGCCCUAGAGAUGUUGCAUGUUGAAAGCCAGUGUUUGCAGGUGCUUGUCUUAGCUCCCACUCGAGAGAUUGCCAUUCAGAUAAAACAGGUCAUGAAGGAUGUAGGUAGUGAAAUGAAAGGUCUGAAGGUGCAUUCAUUCAUUGGAGGUCUUCCAUUUGAGGAAGACAGACAGAAACUUCAGCAUUGUCACAUUGCAGUCGGGGCUCCUGGAAGAGUCAAGCAUCUCAUCGAGAAAGGAUGCCUAAAAACAGAUAACAUACGUCUAUUUGUAUUGGAUGAAGCAGAUAAGCUGAUGGAACCUAGUUUCCUGAAGGAUAUCAACUACAUAUUUUCAGUACUGUCAGGCAACAAGCAGAUGAUUGCAUUAAGUGCGACAUAUCCAGGUGAAUUGGACGUGUUCCUUAGCCGUUAUAUGCGCUGUCCAACACGCGUGAGCCCAGGUCCAGGAGGGCCGGUAUUAUUGGGUCUCCGGCAGUUUGUAUCCGUAGUACGCCCUCAUCUGAACACAAUGGUGCAAAUAAAGUAUAAAGUGCAGGAGUUGUUGCGUAUCCUGUCGUCUGUUCCCUUCAGGCAAUGCCUCAUAUUUUCUAAUUAUCAGACAAGAGCUCAGAGCAUCUGCAAUCAUUUGAAAGCAUUGGGAUGGGCUGCGAUAUGGUUGACGGGGGGACAAGACCAGCACGACCGUCUUGAAGCCGUUGCAAGCCUCCGUGAGUUUCGUUGCCGGGUACUUUUGUCAACAGAUCUUACAGCGAGGGGAAUAGAUGCAGAGAAUGUAAACCUGAUCAUUAACCUUGACAUACCUCACAGUGGUGCAACAUACUUGCAUCGCAUUGGAAGGGCUGGACGGUAUGGUUCUCAUGGUAUAGCAGUAUCGCUUGUAGCUGAUGGUAAGGAAUUAGCUCAGUUUAGGAAAGUUUUGGGAACAAUUGGUGAAUCAAUGAGUGUUGCUAAAUUACCAAGUGAUGUAAUUCCAACAGAUUUAUGGCACUGUGACAUAUCAAGCCUUGAAGAAGUGCAGGGUAUUGCUUCAGAAGGUGAUACAAAAGAUGAUAACAUAGAUACAGUUGGUAGUAAGAGUAAUCAGAGAGGCACAGCAAGAAAGAAGGAUAGAAAACCUAUGAAUGGAUCGUGUAAGGGCAAAAAGUUGCAGAAUAGAGAGAAACUACACAGAAAGAAGAAAAAUGAAAGUUGGAGUGACGAAUCUGUAGAAAAUGAUUAUAAUGUCAGAGAUUUGAUGAAGGAAGUGAGUAAGAUGUCCUUGUUAGCUCAUGACAAGAAAGAUGAAGGCAAAGUAGUGGAAAGAGAAAGGGCACUUUGUGACUUGGCCAUGACUUUGACACAAGAAACUCAUUCCGAUUUAAAACUGGACACAUUUGAAGACUUGUCACAUUCAUUGGAAAACUUUAUUAAUGACUCAGACACACAAAGUGUAAAUUUCUCAACAGCAGAAUCUGCAAAUAUUGCAGAUGAACUUGAAAUGUGUAGAGUUUUGUGUGAUAUGAUACAAGAUGACAUCUUUAUGAUGACUAACAAACUGAAAGAAGAAACAAAGAAUUGGAGCACUGAAAGUUUGUUAGAGCACUUAGUAGAUGGUCUUCCAUGGCCAGAAGCAGAUCCUGAACCUUCAAGAUCAUCCAAAAAUCAAAAAAUUAGUUGUCAGUAUGUAGAUGCUUCAGAAUCUGUAGAAGCACCUAAUGAGACACUUUCUUCAAGGAAGAAGGGUCUCCCAAAAAUGAGUGAUGAUGACAAUAAUGUCUACAGGAAUCAGUAUGCAAGUGAAUAUGAUGAUAAGUUCAAUAGCAGUUUAUCUUUAGGACAUGAAAGUGAAGCUUCUUUGUUAUGGUGUGAAGAGUCGGAUCUCGAAACCAGUAUAUCAAGAGGUUCAAACCCAGGAUCCUAUAUGAUAAAUGAAAAGCAUUCACAGUGGAAUUACAGUGAUGUAUACAGUUAUGCACAGUAUUAUAAUUACCCAUGGUUACAUUCAUACAGUGAUUACUACAGGUUGAGAAAUGACUGUCAAGGAGAGAAUAAUGAUGUUGGUUUGUAUGAUAAGAAUGAAUAUGAAUGUAACAUAGAAAGACACAGGUAUUACAACAUAUGGAGAAUGCAUUUGCAACAAAUAAGACAGUAUAUUCAGUACACGGAAUAUUGGAAACAUAUGUUCAGUAAUUUUUAGGUUUACUGUUUGGUAUACGUCUGCUUAGGUGAGUCAAAGUUGGAAGAGGCUAUGUAAUUGUUUUGCAGAAUAAAUUGAAUUCUACAUUGUGUUAA